GUCUAUUUAAAAUGGCCUAACAGAUGCACGGAAUAUAUAUAUAUAUAUAUAUAUAUAUAUAUAUAUAUAUAUAUAUAUAUACUUCUUUCUUGUUGAACACCGAACACAUAUGCAUAUUAAUAUGUUUUUGCUUCAAAGAUGAAUGGGUUCAAAAACAUAGGAAUGCUGAACCACUUGGCAAUAUACUGACGUGUGUCAAAAAAAACUUGACAGCUGACCCGAGAAGACAAAAAAGAAAUAUGAAUACAAAAAAAAAAAAAAAAAAAAAAAAAAAAAAAAAAAAAAAAAAAAAAAAGAAGAAGAAAAACUAACUCUGACGGAACCACGCGUAAAGAAAGUGAGCGAGAAUUCGAGGAACCGAAUACUUCAGCCGUCUCUCCAACGCGCCUUCUAACUAACCAGCAUUUUUGCGGAGCAACAAAAUAUUCCCGUAUGAUUUUGCUUGUAAACAUACGGUGUUGUCCUCCUACAUACGCGGAAUGUCCCGUCGCUUCCAUUCCUGUUAUAUUGUGGAAUGAGGAGGAUUCCCUGACAAAACACAUGGUUUCUCUCUAGACUACGAUAAAUCGCCGUUGAGGAUAAUGGUGACUAAAGCAAUCAGCACCUGACAAAUGGAUUUCCAACAGACUCUGUCGAAGAAAUGAAGAAGAAUUUUCGCAAUUGGAAUAUUUCUGCAUUGCUUGGAUCUGUGAUAUUUGUCGGCAUAGGGCAGGUCAUUGCAGGAUUCCACGUGAAAAACUACAACUACCACGUGGAUGACGAAUAUGAUUAUGAGGAAGAUUACGGAUACGAUUACGACGAAUUGACAACAAGGCGCCCCCUUCCGGCCUUUCUUUUAACUACACCGAAUGUUACAGCAACACGCGGUCAAGAGGCGGUGUUAGCAUGUGCUAUAGACAACAUUGGCCCCAGAACAGUGGUAUGGCGCCUGGCGUCGGAUCCGAACCCACUGACGAUUGGCCAGCUGACGUACGUGGGUGACAAGCGAUUCCACAUGGUGCACGACCCCCUUUCGGUGGAGUGGAACCUCCACAUCAGGAACGUCUCACUGGAUGACGCGGGGGUCUAUGAGUGUCAGGUCAGCUCGAGGACUCGCAGCAUACGGAAGCUAGUCCUCCUCAAGGUGAAAGAUGCACCACAGGAAGCCAUCUUGACACCAAAUAUCACAAUCUCGGGCACAACAUUUGUAGAAAAGGGGAACGGUAUGAAAUUAACUUGCAACGCCACUGGCGAUGGGUACCCGCCUGAUGUAAUGGACUGGUUCAAGGACGGAAUAAAGCUGACGUCAGAUGUACGACGUCAUAUAUCGAUUGAUGUGUCGCUAGCGGAGCGCACGAUCACCAGCCAGCUAGCGGUGGAACGAGCGGACAUGACCGACGCCGGAACUUACGUUUGCCGUACAUCAAAUAGACAGAUCACAAGUUCAAAGGUCAAUGUAUUGAACACUGAAACCAACAACCACAAGAGAGACAUGAAAGACCACGAAAGAUUUGGCGAAUUCGUGGAUUCUUCAGCAGUAAUAUGUACACCUCAUUGGCUACUUCUGGUUGUGUCAUACGUCAUCGUUACCUUGCCAACAUGAUCAUCACGUGACCGCCAGGAAUUGUGCAUAAUUAACUCAGGGAUACAUUUAGUCACUAACGUGUGUGCAGGAAAAAACUAUAUUCGUCGGAUCUAGAACAGUGUGGAUUUUGUCUGUUCUUUUUUCUAGACAUUUGAGAUAGCGUUCAUUCAGAGUGACGAGGUUCCGUUAAACUGGAGAGCGCCUAUAUUAAUACAGUUGUCUUCUAAAGGCAGGGUCACACACAAAUUGACAUUAUAGCUAUGUAGCUAUAAAUAAUAACAAAGAUUUGCAAAAAGAACCCCAAAAAAAGAAGAAGAUUACGACAUCGAAAUUAUAUACAAUAUUUUGUUCGAAAAAUACUUUAUUCAGCAAGCUACACACUCGUCAUAUCCUACUUAUUAUUGAUAUAUUAGCAUAUAACUUAAUUACGACUACGUAGCAAUAAAUCGGAAAAAUCUGAAAUAAAUCGGAAAAAGCAAGACCGAAAUCCGUCGUCCAUUUUUAUUCAUCUAACGGUACUUUUUAAAAACAUGUUUAUAAAAUAUAAAAAAACGAACAAAAAACAAACAAACACGUGGCAUAUAAAAAAAGCUCUUCCACAUAUAAACACAUGGUGUAUAUUUCAAGUCAGUUAAUGCUCGUGACUUUGCCCUCAGUGCGUUAAAUGUCGUGUGACCCUGUCGUUAACAGAAACAACGUGACCUUGAACAACGUGUCAUAGCAGGGAUCAAUGAACUGGAACAACAACAAUAAACUUAUACUUUAUUAAUUUAUUAAUCAUUCUUCUGUUGACGUCCGCGGACAAUAAUGAUACUAAAAUCUGUUUCGGACAUGUUUUUUUCUUUUUAUCAAUAACACUUGUUUCGUGUAUCGUCUUUACGUUCCAUUAUUAACAUUUUCAGAUUAACAUACACUAAUGCUAGGCUCAGACUGUCAACUGCCAGCAGAAAGUUGGCAACCCAGCAUUGCGUUGUAAUUUUCCUCAACUCCCGACUUAAGACGGGUGCGCUCAAAUUAACAACUAAUGGGUUACACGACGAGAAUCGAGUUUUACGAGCGCCCAGGUUAGCAUCUAGACAGUUGUAGAAGACGCGACAGCAGAAAGUUGGCCGACAUUGCCAACUUUCUGCUGGCAGUUGGUAGUCUGAGCCUAUACUAAUAUGAAGGUAUAAAAAGCAGGUUUGACUGUCGCAGCAUCUUACUGGUUCGAAGAGAUUUAACUGGUUUUGCAAAUAUUUUUACAUUAUAUUUAUGGGGCGGUAAAUCGGCCAUUUUGAUUGUUCUUCAAUAAACACCAUCGUUACAUACGAAUGAUGGGCAACUCAA